AUGGGCGAUGGUUCGCACCAAUCCCUCCCAGACUUAACUGGGAAAGUCGCCAUCGUGACUGGCGGUCAUACAGGGCUCGGCUUCGGCACUAGCAUCGAGCUUGCGAAACAUGGUGCCCGAGUGUAUAUUGCCAGUCGAUCAGCCGCGAAGUUCAAAGAUGCAGAGCGAGAAGUCGCUUUGGAAUGCCCGGAAGCAGAUGUCCGAUUUCUGGAAUUGAACUUGGCUGAUUUGAAUAGUGUUAUGUGCCUUCCAUACGAGGAGACGGUGGAAGGGUUUGAGAUGCAAAUAGGAGUAAAUUAUAUUGGCCACUUUCUCUUCUCGAGGUUGCUUCUCCCGAUGCUCCAGAUAACAGCCGAGAAGGCCGUCAAGGGAAGCGUCCGUGUCGUGAACGUAUCCAGCGAUGAGCACACCAAGCUCGCCCCGAAGGAGGGCAUAAUAUCCUCAGAUAUGAACAUGAAGAAUGACUUCUCAGUUUGGGCUCGAUAUGGCCACUCCAAGAUUGCCAACGUCCUGCAUUUGAAAGAGCUGGCUAAGAUAUAUUCGAAUAUCUUGGCUCUGUCGCUGCAUCCGGGGACAGUGAAGACAAACCUAUCCGCAGGGCCGAUCUCCUCGACUCCCCUCUACCGGUUGAUAAAGCCGAUUGUCGAGCUCGGUGCACCUGGUCCGCGAAAGGGGGCGGCGAACAUUCUUUUCGCUGCUGUGUCGCCAAACCUCAAGUUAGAGUCCGAUAAUGGCGCAUACUUACUCCCGAUAGGAAAGGUCUCGGCGCCCAGUAAAGCGGGAUCUGAUGCGAAGAUGGCGGAGGACCUCUGGGAGUGGACCGUGAAGGCCCUCAUGAGUCGAGGUUAUGAAUAG